AUGGUGGUAACUGGUAACUGUUGUUUGUUACUAUUUGAAUUUAAUUGACGAGAUUGCGCAAUCUAUUGCUAAUAAUCAACAACAAUUGAAACAACAAUCCAUGAUUUGUACGAGCCUAUCAGGGCUUGUGCAGUGAUCAAGCAUACGUUUCUAUGGUAACUCAAGAAUGAAGAUAUUGUGCGCGCGAAGUGUUGUCAGUUAUGUCUGUGACAUUGGACAGUAGUCGACUCUCAUAUUUAUAUUAAAGACUGUCGAGUCCAAUUUCGGAUUCACCGAGCAGGUAGAUGAAGACUAAAUUUUCUUUGAUGAAGACGAAGCAGUACAUUGUGCAAAGCAUUGAUGUAUCACGUACGUACAGGAGAACCAGUCAACAUAUUCGAAUCUAACCUUCAUGUCGGAGAACAUUGAAUGGCUUUUAACAUGAAAGGACGCAAAGAAAAAGACGUAUUGGAGCGAAUGAAUUAUUUGUAUCAGGCAAGUCACCUGAUGGCAAUAGGAGCAAAGAAUCCAAUAGCUGCUUCGUACUAUGGUUAUGUUAUGAUGAAAUGCGCUCAAAAGUCUGUUCUACGAAUGGACCCAGAUGUCAAAAGAUCAGUUUGCAAAUGUUGUCUGUCUCCUUUAAUACCGGGAGUAACAGCCAAAGUACGUUUGGUUUCGAAACCCACCAAAAUGGUAAGAUGGAAGUGCCUUAUCUGUGAUGCAACAAAACAAUAUCCUACUAAAGGUGGUCAUGAAUUAUGGGCAGACCGCCCAGAAGCUCUGAUUGAAAUGUUACAAUAUACACCUAAGCCAAAAAAAGUCACUGGUUCAAACCGGUGUAAAAUAAUUAAAAAAUCCGUUAAUGCUAGCCAACCAAGUUUAAUCACAGCGACUUGUGAAUUAUUGAAUACUAUUGAAAAUCUUAGUCAGGGUCUUGACAGCUGCGUUGCCGAGGGUAGUUGUUCCGGUUCGAACACUGGAAAUGAUCUAAAUCAAAAUAGCGAAGUGAGUAUGGUAGAUUCUAUGGUUGAAAAUUAAUUUGUGAUAAGAAUUGAAAUACUUACUGUACGAUAUUAUAUCAUUGCGUAAGUUUUUUUUGUACCAAAAACUUUAUCCUCCUAUUUUCUAUACUAUUUUUGGAUGUAGAAACACUCAUAGAAGGGGAUAAAGGUAACCAUAUCUUACAAGUACGAAUAUUUCUUAUUAAUCACUUACGUAAAAUAUGUUACAAUAUUACAAUCAGUUUACGAUCGAUAAACAGAUAGUACCUGACUAACUAGAAUAAUCAUAACGUUCUAACAAUAUUAUAAUCAAUAAUAGCUUAAUAUUAUUGUAAUAAACAUUCUUGGUAAUAACUUA